CGUCUGUGAUGCGGACCGGUGUCGAGCUCGACUACCAAGUUUCGCGACUCCCAGUUGUUCAUGCUCACAUGACACAGAAGCCCAAUUCCUCACUUUCGACGACCUGCAACCGUGAUCUGGCCGAGACGGGCUGGGACUUGCACGCCAUUCGCAGUGUCCCUCGCCUCUUCUUCGACAACACCAAUCGAUUGGGACGACUGGGUCUGAACGCGGGCCAGCCACGAGACUCGACUUUUUGACAAGCACUGAGGAUGGCGUCCAGUCAGGAAGCGCAGACGCUACUUAGCGUGAUACACCAUGAGCGACAAGAACCGGGAUCUAUGCUGUGCGCGCAGCACGCUCUCAAUGCCCUACUUCAGGGCCCUUACUUUGAUCCCUCUCAGCUGGCAGAGAUCGCCGCGCAGAUGGAUGAUCUAGAACGGGCGCAGCUAGACUCUGAGGCGUGGUCGUCGCGGGGCGGAGAUGAAGGCAGUCUCAACGUUGAUGCUACGGGCUUCUUCAGCGCCACUGUAUUGGAGAAGGCGCUGUCUGUAUGGGGCUUACAGCUCGUGCGCUGGCGAUCUCAGGCGAUGAGCGCUUUCCAAAACGAGCCUGAGAAGCAGCUCGCUUUCAUUCUCAAUCUGGAACAGCAUUGGUUUUGUCUACGUCGCUUCGGACAGGGCUGGUGGUUCAAUCUCAACUCUUGCAUAGAUGCGCCAGCGUGGGUAGGCCCAUCAUAUUUAGGGGCAUUGCUCGACCAGGCGGAGUCUGAAGGCUACUCCGUCUUCGCCAUCGUAGCUGCUGAGGAUGCUAUGGGCGUGCCAUUGUCUACAAGUACAGCGGACGAAGUUGCGCAGGCACUUCCCAGCGCUGAUGCAGUGCUCGCUUCAAACGCCAGUUCCGCUUCAGCCAUCACCAAACAAGCGCAGGGUCUCCGGCCUAGCAGUGAAAGCGGUCCAUCCGCAAGCUCAGCUUCACGCGAUAAUUUCGAAGAGGAUGCUGAGCUUCAAGCAGCCCUGCGCGCAAGCAUGCUUGACGCGAGCGAGGGAGAUGGCGCGGUAAGUGUACCAGUGGACACUGCAUCUACCAGUCAAUCUCCGGCAGCACCAAGGGGCACACGGCGCAAUCGGAGUAUUAACAGCGCGAGUGAAGAAGAAGGUGGCGUCUCGCAAGACGAGACGGACGAGCACGUCGACGAGAUCGCGCCGUCGAGAAGGCGUUUCAGAGCGGACGACACUUUGCGGAGUUCGUCGAGCACUCUUCUUGCCCCAACGGACUCUGCUGCCCGGCCCAGCGCCGGCAAUCGCCGACACUCUCGAGCCGAUCAAAAGGACAAAGCGGCUCGCCAAGGCCAGAAGAGCCGUGCUGCGAUCGAUCACGACGAGCAAGAGCUUAUGAGAGCUAUGGAAGCAAGCUUGGGCGCGAUGACAGGCGACCAGCAGACAGUCGCUCAGAACUCCACUUCAUCCUCCACAGGCACCUCUGCUUCGGCAUCUCGACCCACGCGUGCAAUCGACAUCGGUGGUGCAGGUGUUCGCGGCAAUGGUGGACGGCGACGAAGAGCGCGCGGAGGUGGCGGUAGAGAGGACCCUAUAGCGAUCGGCUCAGACGGAGAAGAGGAUGAGGAAGAAGUGAUCAUUUCUCGAUCUAAUCCUAGAUCUCCAUUCUUGGAUCCUCUGCUAGCAGCCGCAUCUCGAGAUGACGAGGAUGUAGCUGACCUCGACGAUGAUGAGGACGAGGGAGAUGAUGAUACAGGGCCGCUUUCUAAUCCGGAACGAAGGCAAAUUGGGGUCGGUGAGGAGGAGGAUGACGAGGAUGCAUUUCAUAGUCUGUCGGAGGGAAGUGAAGGAUUUGAAGAAGUAUCAGCUUCCGCCUGGGCUCGUGCACGUCCUGCUGGACCCAGCACGAAUAGAACCUACGAUGACGAAGAUGCGGAUCUGCAACGAGCACUGGCCGCCUCGAUGCGCGACGUCGAAGGUGGGGGUGACGAUGUGGACUGGUCAGCUUUCGAAUGGCAAGACGAUGGAGGCGCCUCGACGAGGAGGCAAGACAGACCCAGCACGCCCGAAGAUGUCGGACGCAUCAGAAGGUUGCGCGAGGAGGCGAAGAAGAAGGCCGAAGAGGAGAGAGAGGAUGAGGAGAGGAGACAAAGAGGCGAGGCGACUAGGGCUGAGCUGGCUGAGAGAGCUGCCAAAGAGGCGCUCGAGGGCGCCAAAGGUGGCAACGAAGAUGAUGAUUCUGAGGAGGAGGAAGAGCAAUUGAGCCCUCAGGAAAUGAGGGCGAGAAGGAUGGCUCGCUUCGGCGGGCCGUAGGGGCGUAAGCUCGCACACCAAGCGGCCUGCAACGCACGCCGUCGAUUGAGACGAACCCGUCAGACACGCAUCUCACAUAUCCUAGCGAAUGAGAUUUCAUACUUGCAUC